UGAACAAAACCGCCUUCUUGUUCUCCUUUCCUUUCCUUCUCCUUCAUCUUUCUUCUGUCUGGCUCAGAACAUCAGUAAUAACUAAUUUGAAGCAGUAAUUAGCAGAGCUGCAAUGGGUAAAAGUGACGACUCAAUCGCCAGAAGAAGAAACAAGAAGAGUAGAAAGAAGGAAGAAAAUAAGGUCUCAACUCGCAUCGCUUCCAUUAUUGCUGCUAAGAAGCGUCGAUUAACUGGCAAGCGCCGCAACUGCCAGGGCAUGUGCUAUAGCAUUCCUACACUUGAUGAUCCCUUCAAUGAACGACAUGGUAAAGUUGAUCCUCUGAAGAAGAAGAAGAAACGGCCUGCUCAAACCAAAUUAGACAAGAAGCACAUCGACAAGAAACGUGCUUUAUCAAAGAAUUGCAGUACUGAUAAAGCUCAUGCUAGUACUGAGGCUCAGGAUGAAAAACCUCCCAAGAUUGAGAAGCCGAGAGGUAAGUCUGUUGGUGCAAAAGAUGUGACAAAGAGUGGGAAAACUGGGGAUAAAAAUGGUGUGGAAGGACACAUAGACAAAGUUCAACUAGAUUGCCCUUCAAAGUUUUUAAAUCUGUGUCUGAAUUCUAUUCAGAAUGAUCUUCAGCAUGAAACUGCAUUUAGUAGAGAAGACCGUCCUUUCUUUGUUCAUAAAUGGGGAGUUGAGUUCUGGAAGUUUUAUUCAAAUGGAAAAGAUAUUCUCGAGGCCAGUGAAAAAGAUUCUACGUCAGAGCAAAUUGCUUGGGUUGCAUCGUGCGCAGCUGAUACUAUUGCCAGAAAGGAGAAAGAAGGAAUGUCUUUAAGCAGUCCCUUUCUUUUAUUCAUAGUGCCAUCUCAAGAAAAAGCUACUGAGGUACGCAGAGUUUGCAAGCCUUUGAAAGCGCUAGGAAUACAUUCAGUGAGUUUGCACCCUGGUGCUUCAAUAAAUCAUCAAAUUCACGGGUUGAAAAGUUGUGAGCCAGAAUUUCUGAUAUCCACCCCAGAGAGACUUCUGGAGCUUGUUUCUUUGAAUGAGAUCAACAUCAGUGGAGUGUCCUUAUUGGUCAUUGAUGGUUUGGAAUCAUAUGCAGAUAAUGGUAUUUUGAAUAGUGUGAAAGUCAUUAAGAAAUCUAUUUCAGGGACUCCCCAGACAGUGGUUUUCAGCGACGGCUCAAAUGAUUUGUCCACCCCAGUCUUGCAAAACCUUCUGCGGGAUUCAUUCUGUUUGAUGUCAUGACUUGAUCACUUGAUUGACCAUACGAUAUGGUUCUUAAGAUCUCUCUAAGAUAAAAUGUUGAGGCGGUUUAUCUUCAUGGCACUUUCUCAGAACACCCCCAGAUGACAUAAAGUUCGAGCAAUUUUUUGGAUGUUACUUGCGAGAUCAAAAAAAUAAACAUCAUUGUUCUUGGUUCAGACUUCGGACUUCAGAUCCGAUUGGUCUGGAAGGGAAAAAACCAACCCUUAAAAGUCAAUGCGGCCUUUCUUGCAAAGCUCUGUGAUACAUCAUUAGUCAACAUACGUACAACUAUUAGAUUAAUAAAAUCAAUUUUGUUCCGGCAUUUUUUUAUUAUUAUUAUAAUUUUUUUUUUUUUUUUGGGUUUUGUUUACGUUAGUUUUUGGUCAAGUUAAUGAUGCAUUUCGCUACGUAUUGUUGAAAAGUAACGAUGAGAUUGGAGUUUGGUAGGUUGUAAUACUUAGGAGUCGUAAUUUACUUAGUUCAUAAGUUGAUGUCAAUUCAAAAAUAAUUUUUAUGUAUGAGAUUAUUGGCUUACAUGUGAUUCCUCACAUCAAAUAGUCAAAUUCCUUACUCUUGGUGGGAUUUGAUCCCGAGAUGAGACAUCUUUUAUUCUAAUGAGAUCAAAUUCAUAAAGGAC